CAGUAGUCAAGGCAAAUACAUGUACUACUCGUCGAAGUUUGCAGAAGUUAGCUUGCCGUCUUCCUCGGCCCAUCCGCCGGCAUUAGGUUAUUAGCUUUGUCCCUUUACCUUUUCGCUCUAUCGAUCUCCCUGGACAUGGAGGCCUCUGGUGUUCCGGUGCUUGGAGUCGGACAAAUCCCGAUUGAUUAUAUUCUCCACAAGUCUCUCAUCGGCCACGGCCUCACGGUCCACGACGCGCAGGGUAACGUCGUCUUUCGGAUCGGCCCUUCGUCCUCGUCGGCUCGCCGCACCAAGAUCCUCUUUGAUUCAGUCGGAAAUCCCUUGGUCACCGUCUUAUAUCUCAACGAUGAGUGGAGAUGUUUCAGAGGGAACAGCCAGGAACUCGAGGACUUGAUCUUCACAGUCCACAAGAUUUUGUACUCUCCAUCUAACACCGAGCUAGAUGUUCUCUUAUCAAGUGCAAAUUCUUUGGACCAAAAAACAGGCUUUAGGCUGAAGGGCAAUCCUUUUAGAAGAGCAUGCACCAUCAUACAGGGGGACUCAAUUGUGGCUCAGACAAGUCUCUUGUACAAACUCAGCAAGAUAAUUUACUCAAGGAAUAAAUUUCGACUUACUGUUUAUCCGGGAAAUGAUUGUGUUCUAGCCAUUUCUAUGCUUAUGGCAUUUUUUUGGCGUUGACGAGCAAACAGUGAAGUAAAAAUCAACUCAUAUACAGAUUGACAUCCUUAUUGUUCCAACCAAGAACUUAAAAUCUUCAUAGAGGGCAUUCUUUUUACAUUACUCUAGAGCAGCUUGCCUUCCCAUUUGUCGUGAAGCGCAUGGAUCAGAAGCUCAAGGAUAACUUUUGUAAGAAAUUGAGCAGUAAGAAUGACAAGUCUAUUGAGACUCCUCUGUGAAGAUCUCUAUAAGGAUGGUUAUGUAUUAUAGCUUUCUCUUCCUUUUCGACAUAUAAAAUUUGUAUAUCAUAUAUUCCUCUUCUUUAUAUCAUAUGUCAUGUAUUACAUA